UGACACGUGUGUGAGGCGCUGGAGGCCCGGAUGGUGCGCGUGAGGGCUCUGGCAGAGGAGACGCCAGAGCUGCGCCGGCCUGCCGUGGGCUGUUCCAGGACUGUCGAGGGUGGGCUGUGGCCGGGUAGGGUGACGCCGGGGCCUCCGCCGGAACUGCGGUACUCGGGGAACAACCGGUGCCGCCACCCAUUCUGGACACUGCUCUUAGGCUUUGGUGAUUGAACAGGCCAGAGUCCAGGAGCAGGUGAAUUCCAGGGCCCAGAGGAGCUCCUCCCCUUAAGAACCUGAUUCCUUGCUUCAGGGGGAAGCAGCAGGCCACGUUUGCAUGCCCCAGGCAUGCACAAUGCCGAUAGUUGAUAAGUUGAAGGAGGCCCUGAAGCCUGGCCGCAAGGACUCAGCUGAGGAUGGGGAGCUGGGGAAGCUCCUGGCUGCUUCGGCGAAGAAGGUCCUCCUACAGAAGAUUGAGUUCGAGCCGGCCAGCAAGAGCUUCUCCUACCAGCUGGAGUCCUUGAAGAGCAAAUAUGUGCUGCUGAACCCUAAGACCGAGGGGGCCAGUCGCCCUAAGAGUGGAGAUGAGCCACAGGCCAAGAGACAGGGUACAGGUAGUGAGCGCUUACCUGGGAGUAGCAGUGAUGGUGUCCCAGCACCGCAGAAAGUGCUUUUCCCCACAGAGAGGCUGUCUUUGAGGUGGGAACGCAUUUUCCGAGUUGGCGCAGGACUGCACAACCUGGGCAACACCUGUUUCUUGAAUGCCACAGUACAGUGCCUGACCUACACACCGCCUCUGGCCAACUACCUGCUCUCCCGGGAGCACGCAAGGAGCUGUCACCAGGGAAGCUUUUGCAUGCUCUGCGUCAUGCAGAACCACAUCGUCCAGGCCUUCGCCAACAGUGGUAACGCUAUCAAGCCCAUCUCCUUCAUCCGCGACCUGAAAAAGAUUGCCCGCCACUUCCGCUUUGGGAACCAAGAGGACGCACACGAGUUUCUCCGGUACACCAUCGACGCCAUGCAGAAGGCCUGCCUGAAUGGUUAUGCCAAGCUGGAUCGUCAGACACAGGCAACCACCUUGGUGCAUCAGAUUUUUGGAGGCUAUCUCAGAUCACGAGUGAAGUGCUCCGUGUGCAAGAGCGUCUCGGACACCUAUGACCCCUACCUGGAUGUGGCGCUAGAGAUUCGGCAAGCUGCAAAUAUUGUACGUGCUCUGGAACUUUUUGUGAAACCAGAUGUCCUGAGUGGAGAGAAUGCCUAUAUGUGCGCCAAAUGCAAGAAGAAGGUUCCAGCCAGCAAGCGCUUCACCAUCCACAGAACAUCCAAUGUCUUAACCCUCUCUCUCAAGCGCUUUGCCAACUUCAGUGGGGGGAAGAUCACCAAGGAUGUAGGCUAUCCAGAGUUCCUGAACAUCCGUCCAUAUAUGUCCCAGAGCAAUGGCGACCCUGUGAUGUAUGGGCUUUACGCUGUGCUGGUCCACUCAGGCUACAGCUGCCAUGCUGGACACUACUACUGCUAUGUGAAGGCAAGCAACGGACAGUGGUACCAGAUGAACGACUCCCUGGUUCACUCCAGCAAUGUCAAGGUGGUUCUGAACCAGCAGGCCUAUGUGCUCUUCUACCUGCGAAUUCCAAGCUCUAAGAAGAGUCCAGAGGGCCUCAUCUCCAGAGCAAGCUCUACCCUUCCCAGCUGCCCAAGUGUGGUUCCAGAUCACACCAAGAAAAGUGCUGGCAACGGGGUCACUUCCUCCCCCCCAGCUGCAAAGCUCCAAGGCGCUGUGCCCAUGAGGAAGCCGCGGCCCCCUGAGGAGAUUGGCGUGCCUGUUUCCAGGAAUGGCUGUGUGCCAGGCCCAAAGUCACAGAACGGAUAUGUGCCUGCACAGUCACCCUUGGGGUCCCCUCGCCCUAGACUCGCCCCCACGCCCGCACACAUGCCGACCCUCCUGGAUGAGAACGGGGAGAAAGCGAAGAGGCAGGUCCCCUCACAGCACUGCUCCCCAUCCCUCCGAACUUCUCAGUGCUCGCCUAGUACCAGCGAACCUGGGAGCCGGCGGCGGAGCUCCUGGGACACCAGGGACACCGUCCCCUCUACCUCACUAAAGCCGGCCGAGGCCACUGCCAGUGGGCAUGGGCUGAAGGAGGAAGACAAGAAUGUAGGCCUCGAGAAGGAGGCUCCUGGCCGCUCCAGCCUGGAGCACUCUCCCGGCAGCAGCCCUAAAGUCCCACAGGCCCCCGAGGGUGGAGCUGCCCAGGUCUGUGACUCUCAGGGAACAAACUGUCCCACGGUGGGUCAUUCCAAAGCGCUGCCAAAUGGAUCUGAUUCUAAGAUGGUGAAGCUCAAGUCCCCUGUCCUGGGCAGCACUGCCUUCGAGCCCGUGAGCCUCAUGUCCCCUCCACCAGCCAAGAAACUGGCCCUGUCUGCCAAAAAGGCCAGCACCCUGCGGAGGGCGACCGGCAAUGACCUCCGUCCACCUCCCCCCUCACCACUCUCCGACCUCACCUACCCCAUGACAGCCACUCACUCCAUCGUUGCCUCCACUUGGCCUGUCAGUAAAUCCAGGGCUGUGUCACCUGCUCCCCGAUCAUCCAGCUGUCCCAAGUCUCCUGUCAGCCCACCCUCUGCAUCAUUGCCCAGUAGUAUCCCCCACCCCCCACAGAGCUGCUCUUCCUCCUGGAGGGCCCUGCCUCAGGUCAGUGGGGGCUUGAUGUCCCCUUCACACCAGCUGCUGCCACUGGGCGCCCGUGAGGCCCCUCAGAGCCCCUCCAGGAAGAGGAAUGGGAGCCCUGUGGGAAAGCCUCAGAUGCGCUGCUCAGAAGCAUGUAUCCUGCAGCUCCUUGGGGGGGCAACUGCAGCACCUUGUAAGAAGAGGAAGAGGAAGAGGAGGAAGGGCCCAGAGGGCAUGGCCAUUCCUCAGGAGCACUUGCAGGGGCCACCUCGGAGCCCCGAAAGCAAGAGGAAGGGACAGGCAGAGCUUCCAGCUCACCCUCGGGAGGAGGAAGGCGCACAGCCCCAGCUGGAUCGCAUUCUGGACAGCCAACAUGUGAGCAGUAGAAAGAGGAAGAGAAAGAGAGCAGAGGGACUCUGUAAAAAAGUCGGCCUUCUCCAGGGCCCAUCUUGGCAUAGCAGCUGUGCCUCCACGGACCACAGAGAACCUGAGACCAGGUCAGAGUCUCCAAGGAAAAAGAAAAGGAAGAAAAGAAAGCCUGAGACACUGCAAGAGGAAGAAGAGAACAAGCGUCCAGAAGACCCAAGGAGCACGAAGCCCAGUGUCACCACAACCCUAGAGUUGAGCGCAAACAGCCAGCUUGCUGGGGACCACCCAGGACUCGGACAGCCUCCUCUUGGGCUGUGGAACAGGGAGCGAGACUCUGAUGUGGUCCAGGAGUUGCUCAAGUACUCAUCAGACAAGGCUUAUGGAAGACAAGUUCUGACAUGGGAUGGUGAGCCUUCUGCGGUCAGUCAGGACGCCAUUGAGGACAGCAGACUGGCCCGGACCCAGACCGUGAUCGACGACUGGGAUGAAGAGUUUGACCGCGGCAAGGAAAAGAAAAUGAAAAAAUUCAAGAGAGAGAAGAAGAGAAACUUCAAUGCCUUCCAGAAGCUUCAGAGUAGACGGAACUUUUGGUCUGUGACUCAUCCAGCUAAGGCCACCAGCCUCAGCUACCGCCGGUGAACUUGGCAUCAAAACAGAAGGACCAGUGUGCCUGUCCCACAGCCUCCUGGAGCUGUCAUUUCCUGGGAACCAUUCGCUGAUCUGAGGAGUGGCCUCGUGCAGACUCGGCUGUCCUGUCACCUCUGGGGCUCUGCCCUGAGCCUGCUAUGUGGGGGGCUUUAGCAUCACUGCAGACAACCUCAUGUGGAGGCCUUGGGGACAUUCGCGACAAGCCCCACAACCUCAGCAGGUGGUGUCAACCAGAGCUACAGCAACCUGCAGGACAUUUGGAAGGGCCCAGCAUCCUUGUCAUGUGCGGUAGUCUGGCAGACAAAGCCAUCUGCUCUUUUCCGAGACUGACAGUAGGGACAGGACCAUGCAUCCCAGUGCGUCCUGUGCCCAGAUGACAGGCGUGAAGGUGGAGGCUCUUCCUGGCGAGCUGUCCCUUCCUCCCAAGGCUGGCACUGUCCUGUCCUGCACCUUGCCCUUCUCGUCCCCUGAGUGAGGCCUGUGUCUGUAUGCCUUACUAUCUGUCUUGGAAAGGGAAGAGCUGGUGCUCACCUGCCUUGCUGCUUCUGCCUUGCCUGGAGUGGCAGGUGGCACUUCCAGGGCAUCUCCAGAGAGCAAAGGCUGUUGGGGGCGGGGGAACCCUUGAAUUAUGUGCCAAUGCAUCUGCUUCUCAGGCUGCUCUCUGUUCCAGGGUGACUGCCAUAGCUUCCCUUUCAGCUGCAAAAACAUGGAUCUCUAUGGAGGUGGUAGUGUAGGGGAUGAAUUCUCCGUUAUUUUACUACUUAAUAUAAAGCAUUUAUUUUUGACCAGGCCUGUGGCUUCCCAGCAGCAAUAUGUUCCCCUAAUAUGCAAAUGCUCGCUUUGUUUGCUCAAUUUUGUGAGUGCUUUUGAAUCUAGAUGAUUGUAUGACUCAAGAAGAUCCUUUUUUAUCUUGCUCAAGCUGUGCCUGCAGAUUUGUAAUUUAAUAAACACAGGACUCCUCAGUGAAAGUGGUGUUUCCAAGGGAAAGGUAACACUCCUCAGUAGGUGUAGCAGUACAUCAGAGGGUCCUUCCUCAUCUCCCCUGAGCUGUCCCAGGGCGUGCUGGCCAUCAGCCUGGCUUUCUGGCCUCUCUGCUGCCUUCAUCAGUGCCACCCUCUUUUUUUUUUUUUGGUACCAGGGAGCAAACUCAGGACCUUGCACUUGCAGGUAGGUGCUGUGCCGCUGAGCUACAUCCCACAGCCCUGCACCACCCUUUCUUGUUUGCUCUGCUGUCCCCCUAGGGCCUUGCUCAGUCCUUGAGGAGUUGCUGUCUUCAUAUGAUGAGGGACAUUUGAGUUUUCGUGCCCCUGGUUCCUUUAGAUUUUUCUCAUUUUUGUGUUUCACUCUAGGGAAAUGGAGGGAAUAGUGACACCGUGGCCCAAUCACUUCUAUCCCGGCUGAGAGUGGAUUGCAGCUUUGAAUGCUGCUUAGAAGGACAGGCCUAGCAUUAGUGCUGUGGCUUCAUAAUCUGCCAUCUCAGGAGGGGGCUGCCACUUCUGUGGGCAGGGCGGGCUUCUUCACUGGGGGUGUUGACUUUUGUUCUAUAUCAACUGCUUCCCGGCCAUAUUUGUUCUGUGAUGCUCUGCUGUUGAAAAUGUAACUUGUGGGCUCACACAGACUCAAUCUCCUUUCUGUUUCUUUCCCUACUCCUCUUGUCUUUUCUCCACAAGACUGAACAUUGUAGGACCUUUUCCUCGGGAGACUAUUUCCAUGUUUUCUAUGGCAGUGGUGAGCCCAGGCCUGGCUUCCUACGGUGUUGUUUGUUUGUUUGUUUGUUUCCAGAACUGGGGAUUGAACUCAGGACUUUGCACUUGCGGAUAGGCAUGGUGCCACUGAGCUACAUCCCCAGACCCUAUAGUGUUUAUCACUGUUGCGUAGAGGCAAGUCCUUUCCUUCUGCAGAAAACCAUCAACCAGACAGGCAUGAGGAAGAAUGCACCUAGAAAACCAUCCAAAUUGUGGGUGACGUGUACAUAUAUAAAUACCUAGAGAUACCUAAGUUUUAUAAUAGCAGUCACUUGAUUGGGUUAGAACCUGGGAGUGGAGGUGAAAGGCCCACACGCAGGGGCCACCUCCCUAAUGUUCCCUGUCAUCUUGUGCACCUUCCAUCGGUAGGAGCUGUUCUCACCCCAUGUCCUGGUUGUGUGGCUACACCUAUAUGUGUAAGAGGUCCCUACCCUUUCCACUUUUUCUCUAGGGACCUUGGGAGCCCCAGAUGUUCCAAGAUCUUGGUGCAAUAAAAUACUGUGUUUCUGUGGGUCCUUUCUGUGUCUUUGACU